UUUACACUCCAACCGGUGUACCGCGCGCGACCAGACCACGAUGACGACCGGCGUCUAGUAUAACACGGCAUUUCACACAUCGCUGUCGCACGGAUACUGCUACUGUUCCGCCAAUUCCUAGCCUAUCGAUUUCGUUCCAGAGUUUUGCGGACUUUCGUGCAUCCUGUCGGCACACUACCACAAUUGUUGUUAUUAUCGACGACAACAACAACAAGAAUAACAAAAUCAUAACAGAAACCCACGUUGCGAGCACGGGAUUCAGAAAUCAUCAAUAUGGAAGAAGAUUGGAAUAAUAUACCUGGAGUAAAUACAACAUAUGGACAUUUAGACCAAAAUAAAACUGGUCAUACAGUUAAAAAUUCAUAUACUCGUUGGGAUGCUGAUGAUCAUGACGAUUGGGAUUUAUCUAAAAGCAACACUGAUAAAUCUAAUGAGUGCAAUAAUUAUACAAAUUGGGAUCCAACUAAUAACAAUGGUCAUACUGAUGAUGAUAAAAUUAUUGAUAAACAUUGUGAUAAUAUUCAAAUUGAUGGUACUGACUAUGUCGACUGGAAUCAAACAAAAUCUGAAGCUGAUUAUCAAACUGCUGAUACAACUAAUCUUGAAUCUGAUGAAUCUUGGGGAAAUCAAAUUUCAAGUGAGCAAGUAACCUAUAGUACAGAUACUGGAAAUUAUUCAGAUUACAAUGACAUUGAGCAAAUUACCAGUAAUCAUCAAAAAUAUCAAAGUAACGGAUAUAAUAACAGUAGUAGUGGUUACCAGAAACGUUCACGGUUUGACAAAAAUUCAAAUAAAAAUGGUAAUAAUGAUAGAGGCAAUGGUAAAUCUGAAAAGCCCGUCGUGCAAAAAUCUACUUAUAUUCCUCCAGAUUUUGAGGAAAACGAUGACUUAACAAUUGAAGCAGGAUUAAACUUUGAAAAAUACGAUAAAAUUGAAGUAACAGUAAGUGGAAUGGAUGUACCCAAAAACAUAACAUCAUUUAAAGAUUCUGGGCUACGUGAAAUAUUAUUAUGCAACUUGACCAAAUAUCAUUAUAGUAUUCCUACUCCUAUACAAAAAUACGCUAUACCAAUCAUUAUGAAUGGAAAAGAUAUGAUAGCUAGUGCUCAAACUGGUUCCGGAAAAACUGCAGCUUUUGUUUUACCAAUUUUAAACAGUUUAAUCAGUGAACCAUCUGAAAUAGUUGUUGAUUACAAUCAUUGCGAGCCACAAGUUUUAAUCCUGUCUCCUACCAGAGAACUUGCUAUACAAAUAUGUGAAGUUUCAACUAAAUUGAGCAGAGGUACUUCAAUUAGAUGUGAACUUCUUUAUGGCGGAACAGCACCUUAUCACCAAAAAGAAAAAAUUCUGAGAGGUGUUCAUAUAAUUGUGGCUACUCCGGGACGUUUAAUUGAUUUUGUGAAUCAAGGUUUAAUUACUUUUUCAUCUUUACGAUUUUUUGUACUUGAUGAGGCUGAUCGAAUGUUGGAUAUGGGUUUCUCACUUGACAUUGAACGCAUAUUAAGUGAUAAUACUAUGGUGUCGUCGGCAGAAAGAUCAACAGUCAUGUUUUCAGCAACCUUGCCCAUAGAUGUUCAACAAAUAGCUAAGUCUUAUUUAAAACCAGAUUAUAUAUCAGUAGCUGUUGGAGAAAUUGGAGGGGCAUGUAAAGAUGUUACACAAACAUUUGUAGAAGUUACUAAGUAUAGUAAAAAAAUGGAGUUAGUUUCUUUGCUAAAUAAAAAAGAUGAUUGCGAAGGUAUAAUUGUAUUUGUUGAACAAAAAAGACAAGCUGAUUUCAUAGCAGCCUUUCUAAGUGAACUCAACUUUCCCACAACAAGCAUACACGGAGAUCGUCUACAGCCAGAACGAGAAAAAGCCUUAAGAGAUUUCAAGACUAAAAAAAUGAAGGUCUUGGUAGCCACUGCUGUAGCUGCUAGAGGACUAGAUAUAAUGGGUGUUACAACGGUAGUGAAUUUUGAUUUACCAAAAACAAUCGAAGAAUAUGUGCACAGAAUUGGACGUACUGGGAGAUUAGGAAAUUCAGGCCGUGCGGUUUCAUUUUAUGACCCAGAUAUCGAUUCUGCCAUGGCACCAUAUUUAGUUAACACUCUUAAACUGGCCGAUCAAAAUAUUCCAGAAUUUUUAUCAAAGUAUAGCGGUGAAGGUUAUGAACCUUUGAGUCAGUUUAAUGACAUAAGAUCGGAUGUUACAGUAAUGUCUGAGUAUAUCGAAGAAGAAGAAGAAGAAGAACUUUGGUAAUCCGAAAUAAAAACCGAAUUAAGCCAAAUAAAUAAUUAUUAGUAAGCAGUUUUAGAGUUUCUAAUUAACACAGUAUGAAUUAUUACUAAAGAAUAAGCUCAAAUCUAUAGAAUUUCUUAUUUGCCACCAUUCAAUCAAAACAAGUUUUUUUUCAAUUGUAUAUGUUUUUAUUUAUUAUUUAUACAUCACUGAAAAUAAAUUGAAUUUUUCCAUAGGAUUAUAAUUGUAUACCAAAUUAAAAAUAUUUUAAUUAUAAUUUAUAAUUAAGGCCUAAACCUAAAGACUUAAAAAAAUAAUAAUAGAUUUUUAUAUGUUUUUAUUUAUUAUUUAUACAUCACUGAAAAAAAAAUUGAAUUUUUGCAUAGGAUUAUAAUUGUAUAACAAAUUAGAAAUAUUUUUAAGUUAUAAUUCAUAAGUAAGGCCUAAAACUAAAGACUCAAAAAGAAUUAUAUUUUGUACAUCAAAAUCAGAAUUCAGUGCCAAAAUGAAAUGAUUUAAAUAUCUAUAUAAUUAUCUAUUUAAUAUUUUGGCUCAUCUUCAUUUUUAAGCAUUGAUAUGUGCUGAAAUUGUUAAUUUAAUGUAACUGAUUCUGAAUAAUUAUAUUAUUUACUUUAGUUUUUAUUUUUUCCUACUCAGUACAUUAGUAUUUUUUCUUACCAACAUAAAAAUAAUAUUAUUGUUUUAAUUGCUUACAAUAUAUUGAUUGUGAACAAUUGAAAUAUGUUAGUACUUAGUAUAAUAUAAUAAAUAAAUUAAAAUUAUAAUCUUGAAAUUUUACUUCUGUGAAUUUAGGUUUUACUUAUUUAAGGUUAAAUACUCAUAUAAUACUUUAGCAAAAGUGAAAUUAGUUAAUUUAAAUAACAUCAUUGUUUAUGCUCAUUUGUUUUUAAAUUGUAAGUAAUAAUCAAAUAGUGCCAUACAUUUAUAAAUGUACUUGUAUAAUUUAUUGAUUUCUAUUGUGUUUUCGACAUAAUUAAAAAUUUCAAUUUUAAUUACAUUUCUUUAAACAAUUUGACUAAAUUAUGGUUUUUUUUGUAUACGAGUCUUUUUUUUACAAUAUAAAUAUUGUGUUGUAAUAUUAUUUCAACUGUAUGUUUACUUUGAGAUUGUAUUAUAUUAAAUAACAUAAUAUGCUGUAGUUAUUUUAAUCUGAAUUAUGUUGGUAAUGGUAAAUUACAUUACAGUUAGAUUUAAGAACCACUUUUUGUCUUUUGUGUUUUACAAUUGUACUGUUAUAACAUAAAUAAUAAUGAUUUUAAUUAUUUUUUAUUGUUUAGAUUUAACUAUAUU